AUGUUCCGGCAGGCACAGCUGACUGCAAAGCAGGUAAAGUAUUCCCAUCUGUCUGACGAUCAGAAGGAGAAGAUUAAACGCAAAGCAGAGCUGGAGCAGACUGUGACGGAACUGGAACGCUUGGCUGAGGAUCUCGAGCAGGAGGCCCAGAAGCAGGAGGAACAGGAGCAGGAGCCUGUGGUGGAAGAAGCCCCUGCCCAGGUUGAAGAGGAGGUGGCACCUGCGGUGGAGGCAGAAGAGGAAAAAGAAAUCGAAACCGGAGAGGCCGAGGAGGUCCAAGAAGAGGAGGACCCUGAGGUCGCCGCCGCGCGCGCUGCCGAGGAGGCAGCUGCCGCCGCAGCGGCUGCUGCCGCUGCCCUGGAGGCAGAGAAGCAGGCCCUUGAAGAGAAGAAGCAGGCCUGCCAGAAGCAGAAGAAAAACACCCUCAAGAAGAUCAAGGAAAUUGAUGCAAUCGAGGCGAAAAUGGCAGAGAGAGGUCAGACCUUUGCCGAGCUGCUGCCGGAAGUGAAAGAAAAGGUGGGCAGAAAAUCCGAGCUCUUGGCUUCGGUGGAAGAAAUGGAUCGGACCGUCCAGGAGAUUGACGCCAAGCUGCUGAAUCACGGGCAACCAGAUUGCAAGAUCGAGGCAGAGGAGCAGGAAGCACCCACCAAGCCGGUCAAAAAUGCCAAAAAGGCAGCGAAAGCUGCAGAGCCUGUAAGACCGGUGGAGGUGCCGGCACCGGCAGUGGUUCCGGCCCAGCAGAGCGAAGCCGAGGCCGCCGAAGAAGACGCCGGCGCCGGCGAUCUACAGGCUGCAGACUCGGAGCCUUCCGCACCCCUGCAGAAAGCUGAAGCCACAUCCGAAACCGCCGCUGGAGAACAGUCCCCGGGCGAUGAAGACGAAGAGGAGGACUCCGCGUCAAAGGGCAAGCCCCGAGCAAAGAGCAAGGCAGCAGCGAAGGCCAAAAAGAAGACUAAGAAGUCGCCGGGCGAGAAGAAGCAGAACGACACUGCUGAGAUAGACGCUCUGGCAGCGUCGAUUGCAAAUGAUGCCGUCCAGGCUGACAAGAAGAAAGGCUUAUUCGGGAUCUUGGGCAAUUGGGGGCUGAGCUAA